AUGCUGGACCGCAGCAGCGUGGAGCUGCUGACACUGUCCGUCAUGUUCUUAAAGAAGCUGUCCAUCUACAAGGAGAACAAGGAGAGGAUGGCGGAGUGCAGGGUGGUGGAAAAGCUGGCCAACUUCGUGCCGGGAGGCAGCGACCUGCUGCUGGCGGCGACGCUCAGGCUGCUGCACAACCUGUCCUUCGACGGCGUUCUGAGGGAGGCCAUGGUGAAAUGCGGGCUGAUCCCAAAGGCCGUGGCCCUCUUGGGCGACCUCCGAUUCCGCCACGUGGUCUUGGGGUUUCUGUACCACGUAUCGACAGAUGAAGAAAACAAAUCCACAUUCACGUACACGGACGCCAUGCCAAAG